AUGGCGGAUUCUUCCCAUGGCCCUGCCAGUUUCUGGACUCAGGCUGAUGCUUUGCUCAGGAAAAACUUGGCCUUUCAUAAGCGAAAUAUCAGAUCAAAUGUUCAACUUGUUUUGUUCCCAUUGGUGCUAUGUAUGCUGCUUAUCACGAUCCAAACAGUGGUGAACAUAGAACUGAGUCAACCUGCACUACGAUGUGGCUGCAUUUGUGUCGACAGUAAUGGAGAUGGAAAAUGUGAGAAAAAGUGUGGAAUAGAAUAUUCAACUGUAGAUCAAGCAUGGUCGUGUCCGGUUGCUAGCCCGGCCCAGUGGCCACCUUUAUUACAAAUACCAGCGCCAGAGUACCGGGCAGUACAAUCAGAAUUCAUUGCAUCCAUGGACUUGCCCAAAGAAUCAUGCAGGAAGAGCAGUUCUUGUCCUGCAACGAUACUUUUGACUGGAAAAAAUCGUACUCUUGGACGGAAUUUGGGUGCAAACAUGAUCCCGCGUUCAUCAUCAUUCAAUAUCUCUGAUAUAUCUCACACAAUGGCCAACAAUAUUCUGGGCUCAGAUUCGAAGCCCCAGCCAACCUUCUUAAUGGAACCAGCUUUUUUUUCCAACCUAUCCUUUUAUUAUCUCCAGAGACAUUGUCCUACAAACUCGUCAUUCACGGUUCCCUUUAAAUUUGGUUCUGCCGUACUCAAACUAGAAUGUAGCUGUGUUCAAGGUUUAAAUUUGUGGCGACAUAGUUCAUCUGAGAUAAAUGAUGAGGUUUAUAAGGGUUAUAGGAGGGGCAAUCCAAAGCGAAAGAUCAAUGAGAUAAUUGCAGCCUAUGAUUUCUUGGAUACAGAUGCAACGCGAUUUAAUGUGAGCAUAUUGUAUAAUUCUACUUAUAGGAAUGAAACCGGCAAAUAUCCGAUUUCAGCAAUACGGAUGCCUCGCUCAGUGAAUAUGGCGUCAAAUGCUUACCUGCAGUUUUUGCUUGGCCCUGGAUUUAAAAUAUUGUUCGAAUUUGUGAAAAGUAUGCCUAAGCAAGAAUCACUUCUCAGGUUGGAGAUCUCCACUAGGCUUGGACCACUAUUCUUUACAUGGGUUAUUUUACAACUAUUCCCUGUUAUACUCACGUCACUCGUUUACGAGAAGGAACAAAGGCUUAGAAUUAUGAUGAAAAUGCAUGGACUUGGGGAUGGGCCCUACUGGAUGAUUUCUUAUUCUUACUUCCUUUUAUUGUCAUCCGUAUACAUGAUAGUUUUUGUCACAUUUGGAUCGUUGAUCGGGUUGAAGUUCUUUACUCUGAAUGACUACAGUGUCCAGCUUGUGUUAUAUUUUCUCUACAUAAACCUGCAAAUUGCACUGGCUUUUCUUGUGUCUGGAUUGUUCUCAAAUGUGAAGACUGCUUCAGUUGUGGGCUACAUAAUAGUCUUUGGCACUGGUAUCUUAGGUGGCUUUCUUUUUCAGUUCUUUCUACAAGCUUCAUCUUUCCCAAGAGGUUGGAUCACUGCAAUGGAGUUGUUUCCUGGAUUUGCCCUUUAUCGCGGCUUAUAUGAAUUCGCACAAUAUUGUCUUAAUGGCUAUUUCACAGGAACUGUGGGAAUGCGAUGGAAACAUCUGAAUGAUCGAGACAAUGGAAUUAAAGAGGUUCUAAUCAUUAUAUUUGUCGAAUGGUUGGUGGUUCUUUCUGUGGCUUUCUAUCUAAACAAGGUAAUAUCAUCUGGAAGAAGUCCCACCUAUACCAUCCGAAACUUUCAGAAAGAGCCUCAGCCGUUGUUACAAAAACCUAGUUCGGAGAGACAAGGUUCUAUAGAUUUUGUUCAGAUGGAGAAGUCUGAUGUGCUUCAAGAGAAGGGUAAGGUUGUACAGUUAUUGCAGGAGUCAAGCAUUAGUUUAGCUAUUGUGUGUGACAAUCUUAAAAAGAUAUAUCCUGGAAGGGAUGGAAACACAGAGAAACACGCAGUGAGAGGACUGUCACUUGCUUUACCUCAUGGGGAAUGCUUCGGCGUACUUGGUCCUAAUGGUGCUGGCAAAACUUCUUUUAUAAACAUGAUGACCGGAAUCAUAAAACCAAGCUCUGGUACUGCAUUUGUUGAAGGGUUCGACAUCCAAACCCAAAUGAAUAGCAUAUACACCAGUAUGGGUGUAUGCCCACAGCAUGACCUGCUUUGGGAAACAUUGACAGGGAGGGAGCACCUACUAUUUUAUGGGAGACUCAAGAACCUCAAAGGUGCAGCAUUGAACCAAGCUGUGGAAGAUUCUCUUAAGAGUGUAAACCUGUUCUAUGACGGUGUUGCUGACAAGCAAGCCGGGAAAUACAGUGGAGGCAUGAAGAGAAGGCUUAGUGUUGCAAUCUCUCUUAUUGGAGAUCCCAAAGUUGCACUUUUUCCUUAUCUGCAUAAGCGUAUAUUCUUAAACAUAGAUAGCUUCGUUAUUUACUAA